AUGGGGCAGCCGGGUUCUGAGAUAUUCAAUGCCACUGAGAGGACCCUGCAGCACCUGCUCGAGCCCUUGUUCCAGAACAGCACUGUUGGUUCCCUGUACACCAGCUGCAGGCUGACCCUGCUCAGGGCUGAAAAGUUUGGGACAAGCACCAGCAUAGAUGCGGUCUGCACCUACCACCCAGGUCCCACAGGCCACAAGCUGGACCCAGCACGGCUGUACUGGGAGCUGAGCCAGCAGACCCACGGUGUCACUCGGCUGGGCUCCUACACCCUGGACAGGGACAGUCUCUACGUCAACGGUUAUAACCAUCGAUUCUGGAUCCCCACCAUUAACAGGCCCAAACAUCCCUCCAUCCUCAGGGCCUUUGCACUUGCUGGGCUUGAAGGAACUCAGAAGUUCCUUCUUGUCUUCCAAAUCUCAGCUCAGCGUGUCUUUGCUGAGACCUUCUCCAAAUUACUCAGGACUAAGACUCUGAUGGGUUCUCUCUCUCUCUCUCUCCCACUCCCUUUAGCUGCAGGGGUGAACCCAGUCCUGGUGUCAUUCACCCUCAACUUCACGAUCACCAACCUGCUCUAUACUCCAGACAUGGAGCGCCCAGGCUCCUUGAACUUCAACUCCACCGAGAAGGCCCUGAAUUACCUGCUCGAGCCCUUGUUCAAGAAAACCAGUGUUGGCUCUGGCUACUCUGGCUGCAGACUGACCUUGCUCAGAUAUGAGAAGGACAGGGAAGCCACCGGAGUUGAUGCCGUCUGCACCUACCAUGCUGACCCCCAGGGCCCGGGACUGGACAGAGAGCUGUUGUACCAGGAACUAAGCCGACUGACUCAUGGUGUCACCUGGCUGGGCCACUACAUCCUGGACAGAGACAGCCUCUAUGUCAAUGGUUAUAACCAUCGACACUGGACCCCUACCACCAGCAGUGAGUAUUCAAAGCUGCUGGAGGAAGGGACUGGACAGAGAACUCCAGCAGGCUCAGGACAGGUCCUCUUACCUGCCUCUCCUGUUGCAGCCACAAGCCCUACCAUGGUGCCUUUUACCCUCAACUUUACCAUCACGAACCUGCAGUACAUGCCAGACAUGAAGCAUCCAGGAUCUGCAAAGUUCAACAUAACCGAGCAGAUCCUGCAGUACAAUCUUGGUGCUUUGUUCAAGAACACCAGUAUUGGCCCGUUGUACUCUGGCUGCAGACUGACCUCGCUCAGGCCUGAGAGGGACGGAUCAGCCACCAAAGUGGACGUCAUUUGCACCUUCCACUCUGAGCCCACAAGCACUGAGCUGGACAGAGAGCGGCUGUACUGGGAGCUGACCCAUGAGACCCACGGCAUCACCAGGCUGGGCUUCUUCACCCUGGAUGAGGACAGCCUUUAUGUCAAUGGUUACACCCAUCGGGCCCCGACCUCCACUCCCACCGCUGUCCCUUUCCUGGUGCAUUUCACCCUCAACUUCACCAUCACCAACCUGCAGUACGAGAAGAACAUGCUGCACCCAGGCUCCUGGAAGUUCAACUUCACGGAGAGAGUCCUGCAGGGUCUGCUCGGGCCCUUGUUCAAGAAGAGCAGUGUCGGCCCACUGUACUCUGGCUGCAGACUGACCUUGCUCAGGCCAGAGAAGGACGGGGCAGCCACUGGAGUGGAUGCUGUCUGCACCUACCGGCCUGACCCUGUGGGUCCCCAGCUGGACAGAGAGCAGCUGUACUGGGAGUUGAGCCAGCUGACCCAUGGUGCCACCCAGCUGGGCUCCUACACCCUGGACCAGGACAGUCUCUAUGUGAAUGGUUAUACCUACCAGAUCCUGGUCACCACCCCCAGGACUUCUAUGGUGGCCACAGCUUCUGCAGGGAUGCCGACCUCCUCCAGUCCCACAGCUCCCAGCGCUGCCCUGGUACCAUUCACCCUCAACUUCACCAUCACCAACAUGCCCUACGUGGAGGACAUGCAGCCUGGCUCUGUGAAGUUCAACUCCACGGAGUCAAUUCUACAAGGCCUGCUGAAGCCACUGUUCAUCAAAAGCAGUAUCGGUUCACUGUACUCUGGAUGCAGACUGACUGCACUGAGGCCUGAAAAUGGUGGAGCAGCCACAGGAGUUGACACCGUCUGCACCCACCGUCCUGGCCCUACAGUCCUUGGGCUGGACAGGGAGCAACUCUAUUGGGAGUUGAGCAAGCUGACCCACGGUGUCACCCAGCUUGGUUCCUACACCCUGGACAGAGACCGUCUCUAUGUCAACGGUUACACCAGACCAAUCUUGACCGCCAUCCCCAGUGUUGCUGUGAUUUCUGCGCUCUCCCAGGGAACCUCAGCUGCUCCCACCUCCCUAUCCAGCACCACAGCUUCUGUCCUCGGUCUGGUGCCAUUCAGCCUUAACUUCACCAUCACCAACCUGCGCUACAGGGAGGACAUGCGUCACCCUGGCUCCUGGAAGUUCAACACCACGGAGAGGGUCCUACAGGGUCUGCUCAGGCCCUUGUUCAAGAACAUCAGUGUCAGCCUCCUCUACUCUGGCUGCAGACUAAUCUCGCUCAGGCCCGAGAAGGACAGGGCAGCCACUGGAGUGGAUGCUGUCUGCACCUACCACCCUGACCCUGUGGGUCCCCAGCUGGACAGAGAGCGGCUGUACUGGGAGCUGAGCCAGCUGACCCAUGGUGCCACCCAGCUGGGCUCCUACACCCUGGACCCAGACAGUCUCUAUGUGAAUGGUUAUACCCAUCAGACUUCAGUAACUGCCCCCAGUGCCUCUGUACCCUGCUUGCCCUUUCUAUCUAUCCCAGGCCUGACUCACCACGGCCUCUCCUCUCCCUUUCCUGCUGUAGCCACAGGAUCAUCCUUGGUCCCAUUCACCCUCAACUUCACCAUCACUAACCUGCGCUACAGGGAGGAUAUGUGGCCUCCGGGCUCCUGGAAGUUCAACAUCACAGAGAAGCUCCUGCAGCGACUGCUCGAUCCCUUGUUCAAGAACACCAGUGUCGGCCCACUGUACUCCAGCUGCAGACUGACCUUGCUCAGGCCUGGGAAGGAUGGGACAGCCACCAGUGUGGAUGCUCUCUGCACCUACCACCCUGAACCCAUGAGCCCCGGGCUGGACAGAGAGCGGCUGUACUGGGAGCUGAGCCAGCUGACCCACAGGAUCACCCAGCUGGGCCCCUACACCCUGGACCAGGGCAGUCUCUACAUCAGUGGUUACACCUAUCCAGCCUCAAGCACUACCCCCAACACUACUGGACCUACCCUGGUACCCUUCACCCUCAACUUCACCAUAACCAACAUGCACUACAUGGAGGAUAUGGGGAGUCCAGGUUCCUCAAAGUUCAACUUUACCGAGAGGGUCCUACAGCACCAGCUCAGGCCCUUGCUCACUAAGACCAGUGUCGGCCCCCUCUACGCUGGCUGCAGACUGGCCUCACUCAGGCUUGAGAAGGGUGGAGCAGCCACAGGAGUGGACGUCGUCUGCACCUUCCAUUCUGACCCCACAGGCCCCAGACUGGACAGAGAGCGGCUGUACUGGGAGCUGAGCCAGCUGACCCAUGGCAUCACCCGGCUGGGCUCCUACACCCUGGACAAGGACAGCCUCUGCGUCAAUGGUUACACCUAUGAAGCCACUGCCCCAACCACUACCACCGGGGAGCCCAGCGAGGAGCCCUUCACGCUGAACUUCACCAUCGACAACCUACGCUACUCUGCAGACAUGGGCCGCCCCGGCUCCCUCAAGUUCAACAUCACGGACAGGGUCAUGCAGCACCUGCUCAGCCCUUUGUUCCAGAGGAGCAGCCUGGGCGCCCGAUACGCGGGCUGCAGGGUCACCGCACUGAGGUCUGUGAAGAAUGGCGCCCAGACACGGGUGGACAUCCUCUGCACCUACCGGCAGCCCCCAAGUGGCCCGGGUCUACCUGCCAAGCAGGUGUUCCACGAGCUGAGCUGGCAGACCCGCGGCAUCACCCAGCUGGGCCCCUACUCUCUGGACAAAGACAGCCUCUACCUCAAUGGUUAUAAUGAACGUGGACCAGAUGAGCCUCCUACAACUCCUGAGCCGGCCACCACACUCCUGCCUUCUUUGUCAGCACCUGUUCAUCUGGAAGCCACCACAGCCAUGGGGCACAUUCUGAAGACCUUCACACUCAACUUCAUCAUCUCCAACCUCCAGUAUUCACCAGACAUGGGCUAUGGCUCAGACACAUUCGACUCCACCGAGAGGAUCCUGCAGCAGCUGCUUGGACUCUUGUUCCAGAAGAGCAGUCUGGGCACCUUCUACUCGGGUUGUAGACUGAUCUCCCUCAGGCCUGAGAAGGACAGGGCAGCCACCGGCGUGGAUGCAGUCUGCACCUACCGCCCUGACCCCGUGGGCCCCGGGUUGGACAGAGAACGACUGUACUGGGAGCUGAGCCAGCUGACCCAUGGCAUCACCCAACUGGGUUUCUAUGCCUUGGACAGAGACAGUCUCUUUGUCAACGGCUAUGCACCCCGGAAUUUAUCGACCCAGAGUGAAUACCAGCUAAAUUUCCGCAUCAUCAACUGGAACCUCAACAAGCCAGACCCCACAUCCUUGGAGUACACUGCCCUGCUGAGGGAUAUCCAGGACAAGGUCACCACGAUCUACGCAGGCAGCCAGCUACGAGACAUAUUCCGCUCCUGCCUGGUCACCAAUGUGACAUUGGGCUCCAUGUUGGUCACUGUCAAGGCACUGUUCUCCUCCAAUCUGGAUCCUACCCUGGUGAAGCAAGCCUUUCUAGAUAUGACCCUGAAUGCCUCAUCCCACUGGCUGGGCGCCACCUAUCAGUUAACAGAUCUGCAUGUGACAGAAGUGGAGACAAUGUUUUAUCCACCAACAGAACAACCGACAAUCAGUCCCAGUUCCCAGCACUUCCAGCUGAAUUUCACCAUCACUAACCUACUAUAUUCCCAGGACUUAGCCCAACCAGACACUGCCAAACACCAGCGGAACAAGAGAAGUAUCGAGAACGCGGUGAGAAUGGGGUGCUCAAUCAGCUCUUCCGGAACAGCAGCAUCAAGAGUUAUUUUUCUGACUGUCAAGUUUUAACAUUCAGGUCUGUCCUCCACAGCAACCACACCAGGGUAGACUCCCUGUGUAACUUCUCACCAUUGACUCGGAGACUGGACAGGAUCGCCAUUUAUGAGGAAUUCCUGCGGAUGA